UGACCACAUGUAGAACAUGGAGCACAGAGCUCCUCGCCUGUCUAGGCCAGGGCAGAAUCGGGCCCACCUCUGCCUGAGGUCACUGUGGCAGACGAGCCUGGGGUCAGACCUUGGGGGCCUCAGGCCCAGGGAGUGAUGGGUGGGAGCCCACAAAAGGCAAGGAAAGGAGUGAGGACUUGGCUCUGUUGACCUUGGGGUAGGGCAAGGUCACUCUGCACGGCCGUGGAAACUUGUGCUCACCUGGGAGCUCACAGAUAGAUCUCAGGGCCCACAGAUCCAAGAAUGCAGCCAUCCUGGAGCUGGGCACUGGCCUAGGUGUGGCCAUGACUUACACCCCAUGUCCUGGUGGGGUCAUCAGGGUCAGUAAUGAGAGCUCGAGAAGAAGAGAGGGGGAGUCACCUUACCAGGGGGCUGGAGGGGAAUGACGGGCACCCUUCUCCUUUCAGGUUCAGGCCCAGCCUCUUCUCCAAGGGUGGGAACCUCCCUCCAAGGGUCUUCUCAGUUCUCCCAGGCUGCUUCAGGGCCCUGUGCCUGCCCCUCUACCUGGGUGACAAACCUGGUGGCCUGUGUACCUGCGUACUGCCUGGCAAGGGAGGGGCUCCCCUCCCUCUGCCCUUUGGCCUGAAAUAAAAUCCGCACCCCCAGUCAGGAUAGAAGCUCACACACUGACUCAGGUGGGCUGGCCUCAGCUUUCCAGUGUCUCAGGGAUCAAAGGGCUCUGGGGCCCAUUUAUUACUGGGGUUCUUUGGCUGACACUCAUUUUGCACAUUCCUGAGAGGGUGAAUGGCAGGUGCGCUGCCCUCCGAGCUCCAAUGUCAAGACUGGUGACCAUGAUGCUCUGCCUGCUGCCCCUUGUCCUUCAGCUCCUGUCUUGCCAUGCUGCUGCUGGGCAGGACAUCCCAGAGGACAGGGCUGUAUGGGAUGGAGGAGGGUGUGUGUCUCAGGGGAACCCCCGGGACCCUCAGUGCAAGGAGAUGAAAGAGAUCCAUGAUACAGGAACUGCAAAGGAAGAAUCAUAUCUGACUGACAGUAACAAAAUGCUGAUAAAUUUUAAAAGGAGUAGAAAAUCUGGAAGAAAUCCCACCAUAAGCACCUCCAAGUUGUCUGAAGAGGAAACUGUGGUUCUAGCUACCAAAAUCAAUACCAGCAAAUUGACUUCUUAUAAAGACGCCAUUUCCAAUCCAACAUCCAAUGAAGGUGCCAUCACAAAGUCUUCUUCUUCAGAGGCCAGUUCGUCUCCAUCUUCCGCUGACAGCUCGACCACAGUGAUCUCUUCUACAACAGCCACUUCCCCUCCAACCCCCAAUGAGAGUGCCACCACAGUGCCUACAUCUACAGAUCUCAGUUCCUCUCCUACUCCCACUGACAAGGACACACCAGUGCCUUCUUCAACAGAGGCCACUUCCUCUCCAACAUCCACUGAAGGUGCCACCACAACGUCUUCCUCUACAGAGGCCAGUUCGUCUGCAACUUCCAAUGAGAGCACGACCACAGUGAUUUCUUCUUCAACAGCCACUUCCUCUCCAACGCCCACUGAGAGUCCCACCAAAGUAGGCCACUUCCUCUCCGACAUCCACUGA